AUUAAAAAGUAAUGAUAUGGAGCUUAUGAUUAGAUAUGUCACUUACUACUUUGGUCAAAUAAUUCAUCUUCUUUAUCACUGUAUUCCUGGGCAACGGCUAAAAGACCACAGUAUAAUUGUUAAUGAGUAUUUGUAUGCUUCUCAUUGGUACAAAAUGCCUUCGAGGAUAAAAAAAGUAUUGUUAAUGAUGAUGAUAAGAAGUUUUAAAGAAUCUAAAGUUUCUGUUGGAAAAUUUUUUACAUUAUCUUUGGAAACUUACAGUAUGUUGUUGAAGACAAUAUUCUCCUAUUUAAGCGUCUUAAUUUCUAUGACCAAAUAAAUGUUAAGAAUCAUUUCCUAAUAAUUUUGUGCAA